AUGACUCCGGUUCCGAUUCGGAUCACCCUGCUCCUGGUGUUUUGCUCCGGUUUGUGCAGCGCCAUUCAGUGGCUGUAAGUAUAAUGCGUUCCAGUAUAAUUCUGAGUUGCACCUAUUUUGCCAGUAAAGGGAUCGUUCGAUUUGUGGCCGAAACGUUGAUAUUGUUUGGCGUGCAGUAUUUAUGGUAGUCCAUUUUAGUAAUAUAUUUGGUACAGUAGUGUCUGGAUUUCUCAUGUAUACAAUCCCUGCCUUGUCUCUGUAUAUACGUUCUCCAUUGCUGUUCAUUGUAGAUUUUAUUCCCACUGUUACUUUUGAUAGUCAUUUGAAAAUUCCAGGGAUUUCAUCAGUAAAGUUGCAUUUUGUUUACUAUUUGUAUCCCCUCCUGCUGAUGUUAUCAUGACUCAGGAGCCAUCUCUUAUCUCCUUGGACCAGUUGAUAACAAGCCUCAAUUUGUUGUAAAGCUAAUCUCCUGUCUGAGCAUUCACCCCCUCUCCCAAACUAGUCCCUGUAUCAGAGCCUGCUUGCUCUUUUCACGUUGUGCGAAUUCUUGGUGGCUUUGAAAUGUCUGCUUAUGUGUAAGGAAAGGUGGGGGGAGUACUGAGUAUUGGGUAAUCUUGUUUUUCUGUGAAUUCACUUUCAUUUAUAUAAAGGUAAGCCAUAUUUUCACUAAACCAGAAAGCGUGGAAAAAUUGGCAAGGCAACGCUAAAUGUUCGACCAAAAUGGCUCUAGAAAACUAAAUUUUGUUAGCUUGGAUACUUUGGGCUAAAACUUAGAAUUCCUUUGUCAAUUCUUCACAAUUUCCACAAUUGUAGGCUCUUCUCAGCAGGAUCCUCUUCAACUAUUGUUCCUGUAAAAAUGUAAUUGUCUCACUUUAUUGUUAAAUGUACCACUUUAAUAUUGUACAGUGCUGCGGAAUAAGUCGUUGCCACAUAGAUUAUGAUGACACAUAACACAUUCUUCAUCUAAAUAAUACUGCUGAUGUAAUGUAUGUGCAUAUUGACAAUACAUAUGGCAAAGACACUCUCCAAAGGGACUUGCAAAAUGUUAUGCCAGUCAACACUGCUGACCCUUAAUAUGAAUAUUUGGUCAUAAUUUAAGUCCUUUCCUCUGGAUUUUGUGCAAGCCAAGCCAGAUGGCUCACAUGUAAGGCUUUACAGAUCCACAUGAAAACUAAGUUAUGUUGAUUUAUGAGCACGGGUUGGAGUGGUGGUUUUUCUACCACUGUGCAGGCAGACUGCUGCACAAGCCACCCAAGUGUGCCAUGGCCAAAUUGGCAGAAUGCAUGAUCUCUACUGUAUACCUCCUGUAGUAAGGAUGCAUGUAUGUCACACACCACUGAGCAAUUUAAAAAGUUGGUGUAGCCUUUUCAAAACUCUUGUUUAGUGUCCCACGGUCCAAAAAGUUGGGAACCAUUGGGUAGGAGCCCAUCACAGAACAUAGCUAUCCAUUUACCCAGUCCAUAGUUGCUUAGUAGCUGGUAAUAUAAUGCUGUUUAGUUACUACAUAUUUGCGGGUAGGUUAUAUCUAUAUCUCUCUUCAUACAUCAGCAGAUUUAAUAGAAAAUCAUGAUAGAUACAGCAAUGUUUUGAUCCCUUCAGGGACUUUAUCAAGCUGAAGGGAUUGAAACGUAGCUGUAUCUGUCAUGAUUUUCCAAUAAAUCUGCUGAUGUUUGAAGACCUUGAGUGCCCGGAGUACUUUGCUGUUACUAUAUGGAUUAGGGGUUUGUUAGCCCUAGAUAAAGUGCAAUGAGGUCUACAGGUGAUGAGAGUGCAGAUCCCUCCUUUUUCGAUCUUUGAAUUGUCCGUCUAUGAACAUAACUGACUUAUAAUUAAUCCUCUAUUCUGUGCUUUUUUUUUUUAGUGGUCUGACAAUAAAUGGCAGUUCAGUGGCCUGGAAUGAGAGUGAACACUGUAGAUUGUUGGAACGUCUCGUCCCUGAUCAGAUCCAGCUCUGCAAGAGGAACUUGGAGCUAAUGCACAGCGUUGUUAAUGCUGCAAAACAGACCAAAAUGAUUUGCCAGUUGACCUUUUCUGACAUGAGAUGGAACUGCUCGUCCAUUGAAAGUGCACCACACUUUACCCCUGACUUGUCAAAAGGUAAGAAUCCAAAAGGUUAUUGUGGAACCAGAGAAAAUCUAUGCAAAGUAAAAAAAAAACAAAAAAAAAAACAAACUAAAGUUGUGAAUGAAGAAUGCACUAAGACACAGAUCUAAGUGGGAUGUGGGACACAGAUCUAAGUGGGAUCUCCAGCAACACACCCUUCUUUCUUCUAUACACUUGAAUUGCCUCACUGGAAAUGCUUUAAUAUAGUCACCAGAACUACAACUUAAUGUAGUUGUUCUGGUGAGUAUAGUCAGCCCUUGCAGGCCUUUUCCAGUAAACCUUGUCUUUUCAGAGAAAAGGCAGUGUUUACAUUACAGCCUAGGGGCACUUCCAGUGGCCACUCCUCAGAUGGCUACUAGAGGUGCUUCCUGGGUCAGUGCUGCACACUGAGCAGGACUGACAUUCAGUCUCUCCACCCUCUGCAUGGGGACACUGAACUUUCCUCAUAGAGAUGCAUUCAUUCCUACGGGAAAGCAUUGUGAUUGGCUGAGAUUACUUCUGAGGUCAGCCAAGGAGGCAGAUCAGGGGCACAGCCAGCACCAGCAAACUAUAAAAUAUUGGUUAGAUUCUACUAUAUUUAAGGGUGCCAGGGGGGCUGUAUGGUUUUAACACUGUAGAGUCAGGCAUACAUGUUUGUGUUCCUGACCCUAUAGUGUUCUUUGUAUUACUAUUUUGACUGGUGUUCUAUUUAUAUCUUGGACUGUAAACUCAUUUGAGUAGGACCUUCUUCAGCUCUUGUCUGUUUUAUCCCAUAUGUAAACUACUUUCAAAUAUCCACAUUUUAUAAUUUUAAAGCGCUGGCACUAUAUAAAUUUAUGAUAUAUAAUAUGACGUUUGAACAACUUAACAGCCUCUCACCCUAAUUUUGCCUAGCUUUCUCGUAUCAUUUUUACAAUUGUAGACUUGUAAAAGUAUGUAUGUAAAGGGUAAAAUGUUUCUAUUAAUGGUAAUUUCCUUUCUUUAUUCUUAUAAUAUCCUGGAAUGUUUACAUUUCGGUCCUAAAGUGUCUAUUUUUAUUUCAGGAACAAGAGAAUCUGCCUUUGUUUAUGCUUUAGCGUCUGCUGCUCUGAGUCAUUCCAUUGCGCGUGCUUGUGCUGCUGGUGAUAUCCCAACAUGCUCUUGUGGAGCCACUCCAGCUGAGGUUUCUGGACCAAGUUUCCGCUGGGGUGGAUGUGGAGACAAUUUGCGCUACGGCUUGCAAAUGGGUUCUGCCUUUGUGGAUGCACCCAUAAAGUCAAGCAGAUCAGGAACGCAGGCUACAAAGUUCAUGAACUUGCACAACAAUGGAGUGGGGAGACAGGUAAGGUCACACGAAAAUGUGAACACAUUUUAUUGUGCUUUUCAUAAUAGUCUAUAUCAGGGGUAGGCAACCUUUUAGCAGCACUGUGCCGAUAUAGGAUUAUGAUGUCCCGUAGCGUGCCUGUCCUAAUUUUUUAAAUUGAGGUGUGUAUGCUGCCGUAUUCUGCUUGUGUUAUUUUUACUGUAAUUGCUUUGUAUCGUUGUAUUUGUGCGUAUAUGUUUAUUAGUAGUUUAUGGUAUCGUGUAUGAUACAUAUGAAUGUGGGCUGUGUAUGAGGGCUGCUUGUGGAUGGAUUUGUCACAUUGUGUAUUUGGUAGUGUGUGUAUGUGUGGGGCUGUUUGGGGUAUUGCAUGUGGGGUUGUGUGCAGGGGCGUUUUAGCCGCGAGGCAAACAAGGCAUUUGCCUUGGGCGGCAUUUUUCUUUGCCGCCCCCCAAAUGCCCAAGGCAAAUGUCUUGUUAGCCUCGCGGCUAACAGACAUGCUGGGCGCUGGGCAGCAUUGGCUGGUGGGCGGGCGGCUGGCGAGGGAGCUCUUCCUGUGAGCCGACUGCUCAGCUCCCUCGCGCGCCGCAGAGUGAGGCUGGGAGCCGGAAUAUGACGUCAUCAACCCGGCUCCCAGCCUCACUCUGCAGCGAGGGAGCUGAGCAGACCGCUCAGGGGAAGAGCUCCCUCGCCAGCCGCCCGCCAAUGCCACCCACCCAGCAGCCACUGGACCACCAGGGAGAUAGAGAACCCCUUCCCUCCCCAGCACUCCCAAAGGUAAGGGGGCUGGGGGGGAGGGUUUAAAAAGUACAUGUGUUAAUGUGAGUGUGUGUGUCUGUUAGUGAGUGUGUGUGUGGGGGCUGGAGUGGGGGGGUUUAAAAAGUACAUGUGUUAAUGUUAGUGUGUGUGUCUGUUAGUGUGUGUGAGUGUCUCUGCUAGUGUGUGUGUGUGUCAGUGAGUUUGUGUUUCUGUUAGCUAGUGUAUGCAUAUCUGUCAGUGAGAGUGUGUGUAUUUAGAAGGCGGGGGGAAGGGAUGGGUGGGGGUCACGCGGGGGGGGAAGGGAUGGGUGGGGGUCACGCUCGCAGGGGGGAUUGGGGGUGCCUGAGUUUUGUCCUGCCUAGUGCAGCACAAAACCAGGAUACACCACUGGUUGUGUGCAUGUAUGUGGAUUGUUAGUGGUGUUGCAUUUGUGGGGAUUAUGUGUGUGUGUGUGUGUGUGGGCUGUUCAUAUUAUUUGUAUGAGGGGAGGGUUAUUCUGCAGCUCCGUGUAUAUCUAGCAGUGUGGGUGGGUUCCAGUGGGGACCAGGCUGGCCAGGUACAGGUCAAGGACAGGAGGUGCGAUAGCUGUUGAGGGCUGCUCUACUACAGUGUGGAUUCCUAUUCACAAGUGCUGGGAGGAAGUGAUCUGAGAUCACUUCCUCUAUGUGCUGCAAUGCAUAAAUUGAGGAUUGUCCUUCACCACCUCUUCGUAUUAGCAGAUAUCUGAAGUUUUACUGGGACUCCUGAUAGGCCAGAGUGUGUUUAGCUCUAGCAGCCUUGAGUGCCGUGCAAAGACACCUCGAGUGCCGUGCAUGGCACUAGUGCCAUAGGAUGCCUACCCCUGGUCUAUAUUGUGCAGGCAACUUACAGCUUUCAUGAAUUUCAGUAUUGAUAUGGUUGAGUCAUAUGGUAGAUAUAUCCAAAUGACUUCAGGACUCCUUUUUAAAACUCUGAAAUUAACCCCUUCAGGACACGACAUGUGUGACAUGUCAUGAUUCCCUUUUAUUCCAGAAGUUUGGUCCUUAAGGGGUUAAACAUGCAUUGCAUCAUGAGAUUCCGCAUGACAUGUCAAUUAUAUCUUACAUUCACAAUAAAAAAAGAUUCCUGGAAUAUUUUAACCUAUAGGAAGGCACUCCAUACAUUUCUAAAAUAUAUUCUUCACCUUGUGUCAGUGGAUAAAGGCUUGCAUUUACAUUAUAUUUCAUUCCUUGUUUCAUAAUUUCUGUUUUUUCACCCCUCUAUAGAUACUCAUUGAUUCUCUUGAAACAAAGUGCAAGUGCCAUGGUGUUUCUGGAUCUUGCUCUGUGAAGACCUGUUGGAGGGGACUCCAGGAUUUAUCCAGUGUUGCUAAUGAAUUGAAGUCAAAAUAUCUAGCUGCAACCAAAGUAAUAAACAGGCAGAUGGGAACUCGAAAGCAGCUGGUUCCUAAGGAGCUGGAUAUCAGGCCUGUCAGAGACUCUGAACUGGUCUAUGUGAACAGCUCUCCGGACUACUGUACCAGCAAUCCGAAGCUGGGGUCCUAUGGAACACAGGACAGGUAGCAUAUUUUUCUUUACAGUUAAUUUCUCAACUACUCGUCUUUUUCCAACUAAAUAUUUUACACUUAAUUUAACCGUUAGAGAGAAAAAAAAGUCUUUUUUUUUUUUUUUAAAGGGAUACUCUAAGCACCAUUAUUAGUACAGAUCACUGUUACAAGUUUCUCUUCUCAACAAAAGACUGGGUUCUUCAUUGCGCCCAAUGCUUCUGGCAAUGAGACUAGCUUUGUUGCAUUAUGGGUUUUUCCAUCUUCCUCUCUUUUCCUAACCAAACAAUCCAUUUGGUACACUGCUUUGUUUGAUUACUAGAUAGUUGUUUAUUUCAAUUGUUCAAGUUACUGAUAGUUAAUGGUGUAAAAUGGAAACUACAUGGUAACAAGCUUCCAAUUUUCUGUACAAACCAUGUGGCAAUGUAAUUUGUGGACACCUGCAGAUUAGUACUGCUCUUGAGGUCAUGUGUUUUCAUGAACCUUUAGCUGUUCACAUAUGGUGUAUGGGGAUCAGGGUGAAAAGUAGUGGUGUUUUUUGUGUGUAUUUUUAAUGAGCAGUAAGUUUUACAUUAAAGAAAUAGGAGAACCACUAUAUUGUCAAUGGCCACACACAGUGAAGCUUAAGAUAAGUUGACUCUUAUUGAUCUACCAUUCAAUGAACAGUGUAUAUUUUUAUGGUAUGUGUGCCACAUAAUUAACAUUUUUACUUUUUUGUUCAUUUUUAGAUUGUGUAACAAGACCUCAUUGGGAAGUGACAGCUGUAAUUUGAUGUGCUGUGGCCGUGGGUAUAAUGCUUACACAGAAACCAUUGUGGAGCGUUGUCAGUGCAAGUACUACUGGUGUUGCUACGUCACCUGCAAGAAGUGUGAGCGGAUUGUGGAGAGAUAUGUCUGCAAGUAA